CACUGCACUCUAGCCUGGGCGACAGAGCAAGACUCUGUCUCAGAAACAUAAAAAUAAAUAAAUAAAGAUGUGUUUGCUGGACUCCGGGAAUGAAGCAGGCGUGCUCAUCCUAGGCCCAAGAAAUGGCAGGAACAGCCCUGAUCCAGUCCAUGGUAUUAUCUAAAUCUCACAGGAAGCUUAGGAGGGCAGCCACGAGGUUAUCCCAUUUUACUGACAAACUGAAGACACAAGGCCAGGAAGUGGCAGUCUCAAAGGCCUGCCCAAUUUGAGUCCUGGGUCCUAAGGGCUGUCCUCUGGGGUGGCAAAGACCCCAGACUGGAGGAGUCCACGAAGCAGGUCAUUUGGCCAGAAGCUGUCUGUGUAUGGGUUGGGGAGUAGCAUUCAUCUCUCCAACCUCUACGCUGUGUUUUUCAUUUCUGGGUGUACCAUGCUCCUCCCUGGCCCUGCAGCCCCUCACUCCUCAGCAUUUUCCUCUAUUACAGACAUUCACUGUGAGCCUCUUCAUAACAGCUGGGUUAGACCGUUAGUUAUAAUGCGAUUGUAAAACGCAUUCUGAUUUUAGCAGUAUUAAAUGCAGCGAGAUUAAAAGAACCAUUUCCAAACAUGCCCUUCAGUGGGAGGUCCCUUUGCACGCAGUCUUUCUCCUUUGAUGGCCCUCACCACUUUUUCCACCUGCAAGGCUCCAGUUCAUCCAUCACCUCCCAGCUCCACGGGUUCCUCCUUGGCAAACCAAGUGUGGCCUGGUAGUUAGAAGCCCAUUCCUAGGUUCAAACCCCAAUUCCCCUACUUGCUACUUGGCACUUUGGGCAAGAGAAUGUACCUCUCUGAGCCUCCAUUUCCUCACCUGUAAGAGAACUGUAAUCACAUCUGCUCCCCAGCGUUCUUGGUGGAAAAGAACGUUGUAUGUAAAGUGCCACACUCAGGGCCUGCUGUCAUAAGCGCUUGAUGAACGGAAGUGGUUUCAGUUGAUCCCAUGAUGGUGGCGGUCACUGAGCAUGCUGUGUGCCAGAGGACACCUCAGAUGCACCUCCUCACACUGAGACUGUGGUACAGACCUCCAUGAGCCGGUCCCAGGUAGCCCUGCUGGGCCUGGGUCUGCUGCUCAUUUUCCUACUGUAUGUGGGGCUGCCAGGCCCCCCAGAGCAGAAUUCCUGGUUCUGGGGAGACCCCAAUGUCACUGUCCUGGCUGGUCUUACUCCUGGCAACUCCCCCAUCUUUUACCGCGAGGUGCUCCCACUCAACCCGGCCCACAGGGUGGAGGUGGUGCUGCUUCAUGGAAAGGCCUUUAACUCUCACACGUGGGAGCAGCUGGGCACACUGCAGCUACUGUCACAGAGGGGCUACCGGGCCGUGGCCCUUGACCUUCCAGGUUUUGGGAACUCGGCACCUUCAAAAGAGGCAAGCACAGAGGCAGGGCGGGCAGCAUUGCUGGAGCGGGCGCUGCAGGACCUGGAGGUACAGAAUGCCGUGUUGGUGAGCCCCUCGCUGAGUGGCCACUAUGCCCUGCCCUUCCUGAUGCGAGGCCACCACCAGCUACAUGGAUUCGUGCCCAUUGCACCCACCUCCACCCAGAACUACACCCAGGAACAAUUCUGGGCUGUGAAGACUCCAACCCUUAUCCUGUAUGGAGAGCUGGACCACAUCCUGGCUCGAGAGUCACUGCGGCAGCUCCGCCACCUGCCCAACCACUCUGUGGUGAAGCUACGCAAUGCGGGCCAUGCCUGCUACCUCCACAAGCCGCAAGACUUCCACCUUGUCCUGCUUGCCUUCCUUGACCAUCUACCUUGAACUAACCCACUCCCAGGUCCCGACCUGGCCUGAGCUUGGACAGUCUGGACCACCACCCUCCCCUGACCAGGGAGACAACCUCUGGGAUUGGAGGCCAGAGGCCAGAGGGUCAGACCCAGCAAGGACUUCUCAUUUCAUCUCACAGACACAAUAAAAAAGCAUAUUUGUCCUGCCUGGGAA